CCCACGAGAGCAAUGCAUUGCAUUAUCUUGAAGAAAGAACGACCAAUUCUACCGUUACGCAAAACAUCAGUAUUACGAAUCACUUGAGACCAUAUAGUUGGGCAUCAGUGCCAUAGAACUCCAAUCUUGUCAAAAAGCUAAAUGCAUGAUGAAGAGAUCAUCGUCGAUUGCCGCAUUGGACGACACAAUCGACGUCAAGCUUGGGAACAAGCCGCAUUACGAUGAAAAACUUUUGGUAUCUUCAAUGAUGCUUGUUGCCAUUGCCGAAGAGGAUCGGCAAGGACGUCGAUUCCUCAGAACGCAGCGGUCAAAUGGCAGUAUAGGAAGCAUGUCGGCAAGGAGUGGAUGCGGAAGCUACGGAUCGUUGCGUGGAUGGGGGUCCAAUGCUUCACGGAAGUCCUACAAGGUCGAUCUGUGUUCAUUGUCGGACGAGAAUAGUGGGGAUAUAGCAAACCGCAAAAUCUCUACCAAAAUCCAGAAAAAAUGCUCGACACUAACGCUCCAGAAGGGUGGAGCGAAUGGCAGAUCCUCUACGGAGAACGCAGAACUGGAAACGUGGGGGUUCUUCUUGGAAUGAUUUGCCUCCUGAUUCUUGCAAAUGCAAUGAAAGCCGUUGCAUCUGCUACAUCCGCUACUAUCAAUAUUCUUCAUCAGCCGCAACUCAUCGGUUUGAGGUUGGCUUCCAAUUCACCACCAUGCCGUCGAACAUUUUUCCAUUCACAAUUUCGAUGCUUUGCGAGGAAGAAAUCCACCUCAAGCGCAUCACAUCAAAUCGCUUUGCCUUCGGCCUAUCGUUUAACGAUAUAACGCCGUCUGGAAUUUUCGCAUGCAGAUUUAUAUUUUCCUCGAGGAACAAAACAGAUCCCAGGCUUUCUACACAAUAAUCAUAGACAUAGAAUACCAAUAAUAAUGAAUCAACCAAACA